AUGCCAGAUAUAUCCGACACAUCAGAUCCGCCCGCUGUUGUACCUCCGAGCUCUGACCAAGCGGCAUUAUAUACAGCCGACGCGUACGGUCGUUACUAUGCGCCUGAGGGCAACGUAUAUGCCCAAGGAGGAUAUGCGACCCCAACCCAGGCAUUCACACAGGACUCGCCUUUGACGUACCCAGCCCAGAGCCCACAGCAACCGCAACAGGGAGCUCCUGGCUAUUACAGCUUCGAUCCUUACGCGCCGGCAGGCUGGAACUGGGGGCAGUCGGAGUUCGCACAGUCGCUGGCACCUUAUGAGCCACAAGGAGAGCUGAUACAAGAGCUUCAUGACCGCAAGGAUCCUGUCGAAGAUUUUAGCUGCCCGUUUCCUGGCCUCGUAACUCCAUUGGCUCCACCGCCGCUACCACUACCGCAAAGACCGGCCAAUUCUCCAAAGAUGAAGCGCAAACCAGAUGCCGAGCAGACGGCUAGUCAACAGGGCGCGAACGAGCACCGGAAUCCCCCAAAACGUCGCGCGAUGUCACGCGCUUCGUCCACGGCUUCGCAGAGUCCUGCGCCCACCAUCCUUGCUGAUGCCAAGGCAUCGCCAAUUGCGGCCUCAGCGAACCAAUCAAGCGGACAAAGCAAUGGCGAGGCACAUCGGCGCAAGAACGCCGGCAAAGGCACUGGCCCGCAGGGUCGAGAAAUCGAUGUCUCAGAAUCACGAAGAGUUGUAGAGUCGUCCGUCAGCAGCAACAUGCUGCCGGCGGGGAGAGUGUUCCCAAUACAGAUUGGUUCGGCACUGUUUAGACUCUCCGGCGCUUCGAUAUGUUCAGAUGCACCCUCAUACUUUUCGCACUUCUUCAGCGAACAACUACAUAACAAUGCUAGCCGUGCCAGUGAUGUGAGGACGCUGUAUAUUGACCGUGAUCCCGAAACGUUCCGCGAAAUAGCCCUCCACCUCCAGGGCUACCACAUCGUCCCACGCGAUGGCGAGCACUUCGUCAAGCUCUUUGCAGAUGCGCAGUUCUACUCACUUCCACGCCUUACAAAGCAGCUCUUCAAAUCCGACAUUUUCAUCUCCAUUGGCAACACACCGUUUCGGAUUCCGCGUGAUUCCUUUUCUGCUCCCGGUGACUCGCCCAACUAUUUCUCCCUUGGCUUCGCGCAAUGGUUCAGCACACCAUCAGAGGUCUUCCCUGGGCUUGACCGCAGUGCUCUCUUGCGUCCACCAUCUAUCAGUCCGCCCUCUGUGCCAAACAAGAGCGGUGAGAUAUUUGCGGACUUGAUGAGGAUGCUACAAGGCUACAAAGUGGAAAUCAGGAAUGCGACACAUAGAGCAAACUUGCUGAGAGACGCCAGAUACUUUCAUCUAAAAGGGUUAGAGCAGCAACUUGUACCUUGCGAGAAGAGCUAUAACCUUAAGAGAAGGCAGAAUGAGGUCCUGAUGAGGCUGGAGGACAUACGGCAAUCCGGGAUCUCGUUCACACCAGAAACUGCGCCCAGCAACUCAGACCCAUCGAUCUUUAUACCAGGAGACGUAUCGUACGCGCGUCCAUAUACAGACGAUGCUACAUCCAACAACGUUCUCAUCCUUGAGACGAGCUCUAGCGAAUCAGCAACACUCCACCUAACUCCAUCGUUCGCUGCGACUUCCAACUCUCUUGAUGGAUACAUCACAUUCCACGGCGACACGCUCCGCCGCAUCACUUCUCUUCUACGAAUCAUCGCAUCGAAAAUGGGCCUCCCAUCAACCCAAUCUCUAAGCCUGACGCAAACAGAGCCUAACAACCCGCUCAUCACCCCUGUGGCCCCAGAAGUCAGCGAGACAUGCAUCAGCGUGCGCAUCGAUAGCGACUGUGCUCUGAUCAUCAAUGGCCAAGAAACAGACGUUGGAACCGAUACCAGCACCUUCCUGUCUACGAUCAAUACAGGAGAAAUGGACUGUGUCGUGCGGCGCGCACACUGGCGCAUCAGAGUAGAGCCUGUUGGCGAUGCAGAGGAUCUGCAGAUGCAGGCCAUUCUCGAGGGCGUGAAGGUUGAAGCUUUCACGAAGGAGAGGUUCAGGAAUGCGACGAGGGGCUUCUUGGGUGCCGCAUAA